AUGGAAAAUUCAAUUAGACAUUCUAUAGACAUAAAAUCAGAAGAUUUUGUUGUUAUAAUUGCUCUUCAGAAUUUACAAACAUUUAUUAUGAUAGGAUAUACAGCAGUGAAUAAAGUUCAUUUAAGUUUUGAUUUUUCAUAUUUAUGGGCAUUAUGUGUUGGAACAUUAUUAUUCAUAUAUUCAUUAAUUAGCUUUGUUAUAAUUAGAACUUUUGUAUUUUCAAAAAUAGAUAUAGGAAAAUAUAUAUUAGAACUAUUAUUUAUUGCUAGUAUAAUUGCUACAUGCUCCUUAUCUAUAAUAAUUGAUUCUUUUAAAAUAGCAAAUAUGCAAUUAUUAUUUUUCUCAUUUGCUUUAACUGGAUAUGCAUAUUAUAAUUUAAUAACCUUAAUUUUUAUUAGUAUGUCAUUAGGAAUUUUAAUCCAGUAUAAUAUAAACGUAGAAGGAUUCACUUCAAAUAUAAAUUCAAUAUUUUUUAUAGAUUUACUAUCAUAUAUUUUACAAAUAAUUGGUGGAAAUAUUUUAUAUUUCCGUAUGUAUGAAUUAUGCCAUCUUAUAGUAUUAUCUAAGAAAAACCCAUGUAAAUAUGUAGUUGCUUCAAAAGAGGUAAAGCAUUUAGAAAAACAAAUUUUUACAUCUUUGCUUAAUUCCUAUAUGUGUUUUAAAUCAAAAACAUACUCAGAUUUAGCUUAUAACAAUGAUUUAUUUAAUAAAGAUAACUCCAUUCUUGAUAGUGAUAUGAAAGCAAACUCUAUAUCUCAAGAAAAAUCGAAUACUAAUCAAAAUUUUCAUUUUGAUAAUGAUGACAAUAAUAAUAGUAAAAAUUAUAAUAUUAAUAAAAAUAAGAAUUCUUAUUUUAAGAAAUUAAAGACUUCAAAUACAAUAUCUCUUUCUCACAACUCUAAUUAUAAUACAAAAGCUCUUGGUAUAAUCAAAAAAUUCUCACAUAAAAAACUACAAAAUAAUAAAAGUAAUAAUAAAGAAUAUAUUAAAAAAAAUUCUACAUAUUCAGAUAAUAUGAAAAAUCAAAACAUAUUAGAGAAAACCUCCGUAGAGUUUCAGAACUCAAGAAAAGUUGAUGAGCCACUUCAUAUAAAUAAUAAAAAUGAAAAAGCAGAAAAAAAGAAGGAACUAAAAAAAUCAGGAAUAAUAAUAGACAGUGCAAACAAAUUAUUUAUGAUAGAAGAUACACAUAAGGAGGAAAUUUUUAAUGAUGAUAAUUAUAGCAGUUCAAAAUCAGAAAAAAGAAAAAAUGGAGAUCAUGGACCUAUUAUAACAAUUAAAUGCAGUGAAGAGGAUGAAAACAUAAAAAAAGAUAAUAUCUCACUGGAAAAAAAAAUGAAUUCUGAUUUUAUAAUUAAUAUUUCAAGUAAUAAAAACGAUAUUCAGAAAUAUUACAUGGAAAAUAAUAAGAAAAGGAAAGGAAACAUAAGCAUUAGCAAUCAGCUCACACUCAAAAAUGAUUGUAGAAGGAAUUUUAAUACAAGUUAUUCUAAUAACAUAAAUCAUAAUAAAAAAAAAAAAAUAAAUUAUUCUAACGGUAAUAAGCACAUUGAAGAUAGUUCAUAUAUAUAUAAUAAAAAUAAUAUACACGGGAAUAACCUAUGUCAGAGUAAUAAUGAUUUUCAUUUUCAUUCUAACACAAAUUAUAUCUCAGAAAAAUCAAUUAAAAAAAAUAAUAAUAAUCAGAAAUUAAAUAAGAACAAAACUAAAAAAAAUUCUGAAAUGACCGUAAACUAUUCAAAUGAAAUCCUAAAUGAUAGAAAUAAGGAAAAUAACAUACAAAAGGAAAAUGAUCAUUUGUCUAUGUCAAAAGAAAAGAGAAAAAUAAAUUAUUUAAAAAAAGAUAUUAUGCAUACUAAAUAUGAUCAUUUUUUGUAUUUUUUCGUCAGAAAAUAUAAGGAAAGAGUGGACAGUAAAAAUUUAAAAAAAAAAAAAAUAGGUAUAGAAGAAAUAGAUAAAGAUACUUAUGAAUAUAAUGAAUUAAUAUGUAAUAACAAUUUAAAAAAAAAAAAAAAAAGAAAAAAAGAAAAAGGAAUACAAAAUGAAAAUAUUAAAGGAAAGAAAUAUAAAAGUGAAAUAGAAAAUAAUCAUUAUAAAAAAAGUGACAUUGAACAAUAUGAUAACAGUGAAGAUCACAUUUAUAAAUGCGAUAAUAAUAAAUAUUCUAUCUAUGAAAAUUAUAAUAAUAACUACAAUAUUGACAAAAAUAAUAUUGAUAAUAAAAUAAUAUAUAAAAAAUGUGAAAGCAUUGAAUUCUUAGCAAAUGAAAAUAAAAUGGAUGAAUCUCAGGAUAAUCUAAAGUUAGAAAAUAAAUUAAUAUAUAAAAACUUGUUUUUAUCAGAAAGUAAUGAAAUGAAUGAGAAUAAUAACGAUAUACUACUAAAAUACGAAAAAAAAACUUUAAAUAAAAAUGUUUUAUUUCGUAAAUCUAAAAGCUCUUUAUAUAUAAGUAACGACAGUGAAAAUAACUCAAAUAAUUGUAUUUUAAAUAAUAAUAAUAGAUCUAGAAUAUUUUUAACGAACUUUUCGCAUAAAAUAUCAAAUAAAGAAGUAAAAAGCGCAAGUAAUAGCAAUUCUAACUAUAAAUAUGAUAAGAAAAGCGUUAGCAAUCAGAAGCAUGAAAUAAUGGAUAAAAUCAUAGAACUAGAUAUUAGUAACCAAACAAAAAAAAGUAAAAAAAAAAGUAAAAAAAAAGAUUUAUCCUUAUCAAAAAAAAAAAUUUAUUUUACAUCAAAAAAAAGAAAAAGAUAUAAAUUAUUUUUUUUUGAUAAUCCCAAAUUGAAAAUCUUAUUUAUGUCCCUACCAAGAUGUUUUAAAAAUAUAUAUGAUUCAACAAAAAGAGUUUUUGUUGAUUUAAAAAAAAAAAAAAUAUUGAUGCAAAAUGCUACGUGGAAGAAUAAAAGUUUAAUACCAGAGAGAGAUCCAUUAGGUUUAUUUAAAAAUACCAAGUUAGAAAACUGGUACAUAACGUGGAUGAAUGAAUUUAAUAAAAAUAUUAUUUUUAAAACAUAUUAUAUAUAUACAUAUUUAAUAAUAUAUAUAAUAACAUUAGAUUUACUUACCUCAUAUAAAUUAUAUUAUACUAAUGUAGCAAAUAGUACAUUAUUGCAUCAAAAUUAUUUAAGUUAUUCAUUUCUUAAAACUAUAUUUAAUGCCUUUAUAUAUAUUUUUUUUUUCUCAUUAUUUAAAAAUAAAAAAAAAAAUGAUUACGAUGUCAGAAAGUAUUAUAUUUCAGCACUAUUGUUAUGCCUCGUAAAAUUAAUUAUAUGUUCAAUUGAUAUUUUUUUAGCGAUUAGUUCAUUAGAUUAUUUCAGAAGCCCAUACUUUGUUUAUAUAUAUAUUCAUAUGCUAAUUAUUCAAACAUCAAUAUUAUUAAUAGUUCGAUAUCCAACACAGUAUUUACUAUUUUUUAUAUAUAUCAUUUGCUUUUCUUCAAUUUAUUGGUCUUUCUCAACUCAGAAAUCAUUUAUGGAAUUUCUCUUUAUUAUUGCUUGUGUAUUAUUUACUAUAAUAUAUUCUUAUAUUUUAUGUUCAAGAACACUUGAAAUUAACAGAAGAAUACUAUUUUCUAAAUAUGAGCUCCCAUAUUUAUUGUAUUUAAAAGAAAUUGUUUACUGUUUAAAUAAAAAUAAAGGUUAUAUGUAA